AUGACGGGACAGAGUCUAGAGGAGCUGAGCGACGCUUAUUGGGAAGAUAAUGCGAUACGCAUAAACGUCGGGGGGCUCAAGAAGCGACUCCUGCCAAACAUUUUGUCUCGGUUUCCUGAGACCAGGCUGGCUCGUUUAUUGCAAUGCCACUCAAAGGAGUCCAUUCUGGAACUGUGCGACGAUUACGACGACGCCGAGAGGGAGUUCUACUUCGACAGAAACCCGUCACUGUUUCCCUACGUUCUGAAUUUCUACAACACUGGCCGGCUGCACGUCAUGGCAGAACUGUGCAUUUUCUCGUUCAGCCAGGAGAUAGAAUACUGGGGCAUCAACGAGUUUUUCAUUGACUCCUGUUGCAGCAACGUUUAUCACUGCAAGAAAAUGAAGUCGGACGAACAGGAGGACUGGGACGACAGAAGCGACGGGGGCGACACCACGUGUUCUUUCGACGAGAUCUUAGAGUUUUACAAUGACGCUUCCAAGUUCGACAAACAGCUGCUGGGUAGGGCGAGAAGGAGGAUAUGGCUGAUGCUUGACAACCCGGGCUAUUCCGUCGCCAGUCGGGUAUUCAGCGCGCUGUCCAUCCUCGUAGUCCUGGGGUCCAUAGCGACCAUGUGCAUGCACAGCAUGUCCGAGUUCACUCUGUAUGACAGCGAGGGACGACCGCUGGAGGACCCCCGCUUUCAAACGGCGGAACACUUCGGAAUAGGUUGGUUCACCUUCGAACUAGUCGCGAGGUUCGUGGUCGCCCCGGACCUCUUCCACUUUUUCGACUAUCCUUUGAACCUGAUAGACCUGGCGUCGAUUCUGCCGUUUUACCUUACGCUCUUCAUUAACAUGGUGGCGGAGAGCAGCCCGGCUCUGGCCAACCUCGGGCGCGUCGCGCAGGUCCUGAGGCUGAUGAGAAUUUUCCGCGUACUGAAGCUGGCGCGCCACUCCACCGGUCUCCGCUCGCUGGGCGCGACGCUCAAAAACAGCUACAAAGAGGUGGGCCUCCUGUUGCUUUACCUGGCGGUGGGUGUCUCCUUCUUCUCUGUGAUGGCCUACACCGCGGAGAAGGAAGAAACCGACGGACUGACAACCAUCCCUUCGUGCUGGUGGUGGGCGACGGUCAGCAUGACCACUGUGGGCUACGGAGACGUAGUCCCGGGGUCCAUACCGGGGAAGCUGACGGCCUCCGCGUGUAUCCUCGCCGGCAUCCUAGUACUGGUGCUCCCCAUCACGCUCAUCUUCAACAAGUUCUCUCUCUUUUACAAAAGGCAGAAGCAGCUGGAGAUCGCGAUGAGGACGUGCGACUUUGGCGAGGAUCUGAGAGACGUCUCCUCUGUCAAUUUACGCAACUAUUACGCGCACAAGGUGAAAUCGCUGAUGGCAAGCUUGUCCAAUAUGAGCCGGAUCUCUCCUAGUGAACAGAGUUUGAACGAGUCCAUGCACUGA